AAAACUCAAUAAACUACAUCAUAUUCAUUCAUCUAAUUUUUCUUGUUGCUUCAAUGAGUUCAAUAAGCAAAGCUCCAUCAAAUAACAUGUUAAGUUUUGAAUCCUCAGAGGAGAGUAGUUGGACUAAGUACUUUGAGGAUUUCUUUAACAAUGAUGAUCAUAAUAAUAAUAUUGAUGAUUAUAAUGAUCAGAAAUAUUCUCUUAAUUCUUUCUCUAAUUUUGAUGAUGGCUCUUAUUCCCUUGUCCCUGAUGCUGCUGAAAAAACAAUUGCUGAUCAAAGUGCACAAGGUGGUAUGGAGUAUAUUAAGAGAUUGAGUUUCAAGAAGAGGAAGAAAAUCAUAACUAGUUUGGUUGAUCAUGAUUUGGAAGAUACUGCAAGUUCUCCUAUCAAUAGCCCCAAGGUAUUCAAGGCAAAAGAGAAGGAAGAAAUAGACCACUUUUAUCAGGAGAAAGGAAAUACCCUUGGACAAAAAGAUGAGAGGAAGGAAAUGGGGUCUAAUGAAAUGGAUACUAGUAUUAGUGACCACACAGAACUUAAUAAAAAAGGGCUUUGCUUAGUUCCUAUGUCUAUGGUUAUGAACUAUUUAGGUUGAUUAUAACUUUCAUCACACAACACCACCAUAUAUGUAUUCCUUUCUUUCUGAUGAACCAUUUUUCUUAAUUUAGUGCAUGCUUGCACUUUGUAUAUACACAAUGAGUUGAAUAAUUAUUUUUCGUUGUCACAUUUUCCGGCAACCAAA